AUGGCCCCUCGCUACCGCAAUAUUGCUGUUAUAGGCGCUGGGCCCUCGGGCAUUUCAGCUGUCAAAGCGCUACAGGAGGAGAACAUCUUUGACAGAAUCCGGAUAUUUGAGCGACGUGAUAAGCCCGGGGGUAUCUGGCACUAUGAUUCUACCCCAGACUUAUUCCCAACCGCAAGGAACUUGGCCGAGUCGCGGAAUGCAAUUCCCAAGAAGCUACCUCAAUUCGCAUCUCCGAGUCCCGAGGAUACAACUGCACGGACUGGGAUUUACGACAGCCUUGACAGCAAUGUGGGCUCCAAGGCCAUGGCUUUCACACACAAGCCUUUUCCAAACAUAAAUUCUGCACUUUCUGUCAAACAAUUUGGACAUUCCAAUCCAACCCAUCCCUUUCGCAUUAUUGCGGGGUAUUUGGAGGACCUUUUCAAGGAUUACCACCACCUCGCCAGCUUCAAUACUACUGUCGAAAAAAUCGAGAAACAGGAAGGAAAAUGGAUUUUGACUCUCCGUCAGUCCGGCCAUAUCCGUGAUGAUGAGCUAAGGGACUAUUGGUGGCAGGAGGAAUUUGAUGCUGUGAUCGUAGCUUCUGGCCACUACAGUGUCCCUUUGGUUCCUGAUAUCCCGGGACUAGACGUUGCCUUCAAAGCUUAUCCAACAAAAUUUGAGCAUUCCAAGGCCUAUCGCUCUCAGAAUGAUUAUGUGGAUAAGAAGGUUGUUGUAGUUGGAGGGAACAUCUCAUCUGCAGAUCUUAUCGUUGACCUGCAUCCUAUCGUCAAAGGGCCUUUAUAUCUCUCCCAGAGAGGACAUAAUGAGGCGCUGCAAUCGGCAUGGGACUUGCCCAACGUUCAAGCAAAACCUGUAAUCUCGAGCAUCGAAAGUACUUCCCAUGGAGUUAAUGUGAAGUUCGCGGAUGGUACAACAGUCGCGGACGUGGACAAGGUCAUAUUUGCAACUGGCUACAAGCUCUCCUACCCAUUUGUCACUCCUGAUCCUGUGACACCUAACAACCGGGUCGCGGGCUUUUAUCAACAUAUAUUCAAGAUCGGCGACCCGUCUCUAGCUCUUGUGGGACAAAUUCGGGCCGCGAUCAGCUUUCGCGCCUAUGAGUACCAGGCCGUUGCCGUGGCACGAUACUUCGCGGGAAGAAAUAGCCAGCCAUUGCCCAGUCCCCAGCAGCAGGAUCUGUGGGAAAUCGAAAGACUGAAGUACAAAGGCCCCACAGCUCUUUUCCACGAGAUCAAACCCGAUUUCAAGGAGUAUUUCGAUUUUCUGCGUGCUUUGGCAGGGCCACCUGCGGAAAAUAGUGAUGCUUAUGAAUUGCCAGCCUGGAAAGAUCGAUGGGCCGAGCAAGCGUUUGAAGUCUUACAGUUGAAAGACAAAUACUGGAAGUCUUUGAAAAGGGUCGCAGACAGCUCAAGCCACACGAAGGCAAAGCUGUAG